AGUCAAGAUGACAGAUUUGCUUUCACUGCUGAGUGGUAUGACCCAAAUGCUUCACUCUUUCGGCGUUAUGAACUUCUGUAUUAUCCAAAAGAUGGAUCAGUUGAAAUGUAUGAUGUGAAGAACCGUCGCACUUUUCUGAAGCGCACCAAGUAUGAGAGCUUACACCUUGAGGAUUUAUUUGUAGGCAACAAAAUUACUGUUUUUUCCCGUCAUCUAACCUUAGUGGACUACGGGGAUCAAUAUACAGCCCGCAAGCUGGGGAGCCGCAAAGAGAGAACGCUGGCUUUGAUUAAACCUGAUGCAAUGCCUAAGAUUGGAGAAUUAAUUGAUAUCAUUAUUAAUGCCGGAUUUACAAUAACUAAGGCCAAAAUGAUGAUGCUUUCAAGAAAAGAAGCAGCUGAUUUCUACGUAGACCAUCAAUCAAAACCUUUUUAUAAUGAGCUUCUCCAGUUUAUAACGAGUGGUCCCAUUGUUGCUAUGGAAAUCUUAGGAGAUGAUGCGGUUUGUAAAUGGAAAACAUUACUGGGGCCAGCAAACUCUGCAGUGGCUCAGACUGAUGCACCAGACAGCAUUAGAGCGAACUUUGGACAUGAUGGCCUAAGAAAUGCAGCUCAUGGCCCUGAUUCGGUUGCUUCAGCUGCUCAAGAGCUGGAGUUGUUCUUUCCCUCCAGUGGAGGUUGUGGACCAGCCAACAGUGCAAAAUUCACAAACUGUACUUGUUGCAUUAUUAAGCCUCAUGCAGUUAAUGAAGGGCUAGCUGGAAAGGUUAUAAAAGCCAUCAUCAAUGAAGGAUUUCAGAUCUCAGCUUUGCAGAUGUUCAACAUGGAGCGUACACAUGUGGAAGAAUUUUAUGAGAUUUACAAAGGUGUCGUUGCUGAAUACAUGGAGAUGGUUACAGAGUUGUGUUCAGGUCCUUGCAUAGCAAUGGAGAUUAUACAGCCCGAGCCUCCAAAAGUGUUCAGAGACUUCUGUGGUCCUUCUGACCCU